AAGUUCCAGCCAUCUUCAAGCUCCCUCCCUCCUCUGGCCCGCGUCCAGCUCAGCCAUCCCCCUCCCACCAGGAGGCCUCUCUGUUCCCCGGGCGUCCCCUGCUCGGGAAAUAAACUGCAGAUAAGUCGGGGAGGGGACCAAGCGGUCCGAAGCACGCCACAGAGUGGAGCGAGGCUCCCGGAGCGUAGCAUGGUUUGGCAUCAGGACAGGUCGAGCACCGAGUUGCGCAAGGAGAAGUCCCGGGAUGCGGCCCGCAGCCGGCGCAGCCAGGAGACGGAGGUGCUGUACCAGCUGGCACACACGCUGCCCUUCGCGCGCGGCGUCAGCGCCCACCUGGACAAGGCGUCCAUCAUGCGCCUCACCAUCAGCUACCUGCGCAUGCACCGCCUCUGCGCGGCAGGGGAGUGGAACCAGGUGGGAACUGGGGGAGAGCCACUGGACGCCUGCUACCUGAAGGCCCUGGAGGGCUUCGUCAUGGUGCUCACCGCCGAGGGAGACAUGGCUUACCUGUCGGAAAAUGUCAGCAAGCACCUGGGCCUCAGUCAGCUGGAGCUCAUUGGACACAGUAUUUUUGAUUUUAUCCAUCCCUGCGACCAAGAGGAGCUCCAGGAUGCCCUGACCCCCAGGCCAAGCCUGUCCAAGAAGAAGCCAGAGGCCCCCACGGAGAGGUGCUUCUCCUUGCGCAUGAAGAGCACCCUCACCAGCCGCGGGCGCACGCUCAACCUCAAGGCAGCCACCUGGAAGGUGCUGCACUGCUCUGGACACAUGAGGGUCUACAAGCCCCCCGCACAGACCUCCCGCGCUGGGAGCCCGGACCCGGAGCCCCCGAUGCAGUGCCUGGUGCUCAUCUGUGAAGCCAUCCCCCACCCAGGCAGCCUGGAGCCCCCGCUGGGCCGGGGGGCCUUCCUAAGUCGCCACAGCCUGGACAUGAAGUUCACCUACUGCGACGAGAGGAUUGCAGAGGUCGCUGGUUAUCGCCCUGAGGACCUGAUUGGCUGUUCUGCCUACGAGUACAUCCACGCGCUGGAUUCCGACGCGGUCAGCAGGAGCAUCCACACCUUGCUGAGCAAGGGCCAGGCAGUCACUGGACAGUAUCGCUUCCUGGCCCGGAGCGGUGGCUACCUGUGGACUCAGACCCAGGCCACGGUGGUGUCAGGGGGGCGGGGCCCCCAUUCAGAGAGCAUCGUCUGCGUCCACUUCCUGAUCAGCCGAGUGGAAGAGACGGGUGUGGUGCUGUCCCUAGAGCAGACGGAGCAACACUCUCGCAGACCCCUGCAGGGGAGUGCCCUCUCCCAGAAGGAUGCCCCUAAUCCUGGGCACAGGCUAGAUGCCCCUGGUCCCCGCAUCCUGGCCUUCCUGCACCCCCCUUCCCUGAGCGAGGCCACCCUGGCCGCUGACCCCCGCCGUUUCUGCAGCCCUGACCUCCGUCGCCUCCUGGCACCCAUCCUGGAUGGCGCUUCCGGAGCUGCCACCCCCAGCACGCCGCAGGCCGCCCGGCGCCCCCAAAGUCCUCUUCCGGCUGAUCUCCCAGGUGAGCCACCUGUCGGCGUGGAGAAUGCACGGGGGCUUUUCACCAGCAGGAGGAUCCACGAGGCAGCGGAGACAGGUCUCCACGUAGCUCAGGACGCCGAGGCUCUGGACUUGGAGAUGCUGGCCCCCUACAUCUCCAUGGAUGACGAUUUCCAGCUCAACGCCAGCGAGCAGCCACCCAGGGCCUACCACAGACCUCCGGGGGGCGCGCGACGGCCCCGCGCUCGGAGCUUCCACGGCCUGUCGCCCCCGACCCCUGAGUCCGCCCUGCUGCCCCGCUGGGGGAGUGACCCCCGUCUGAACUGCUCCAGCCCCUCCAGGGGGGACCCCUCGUCAUCCUGCCCCGCCCGGAAGAGGUCCCUGGCCCAGAGCCCAGAGGACGAGGGGGUGGAGUUGCUGGGAGUGAGACCCCCCAAACGGGCGCCCAGCCUAGAGCCCGAAGGCUUCCUGCUGCCUCCCCUCAGCCUGAGUUUCCUUCUGACGGGAGGAGCAGCCCCCAGGAGCCAGCAGGACCCCGCCACCCGCCUCCUGGACUUGAACGUGCCCUUGGGCCUGGGCCCCUCGCUGCUCUCUCUCUACCCAGACGAGGACCCCGUGCAGCCCAGGAGUCACUUCCAGGCGGCCGCAGGCUUGGCCCAGGCCCGCUGAGCCAGCCCUGCCUGUCUCCCUUCUCCGGCCUCAGAAAGGACCUCAGCCACACUCCACGCCUGCAGCCAACGCACAGGAUGGGGGCCUCUGUCCUCGGAGGCCCCGCCGGCCUCGGGCCUACCUCAGCCCCCACCCCUUUGCCGGCACCCAGUCUGGGGGCUCAGGGUGGGCUCAGCUCAGUGACCUCUGGAGGGGUCUCCGCCCCUCCUCCGCCUCUCAGGACUUCCUCUGGGGUUCUGGCUACCUGGUUCCCUCACUUCCCGUCUCCAGGACUCAUGGCUUUAUUCUGAGGAAUCGGUGGGAGGGCUGGGGUCAGACCUGUGCUUCUGGGCUCCGGGGAGUGAGGGUGACCACAGUCGCAUCUCUUUCUGUCCUUCUUUUAUUAUUAUUUUUAUUUUUGUUGUUUUCGUGAUUUGGUUUUUAAUCACUAUGAAUAGCCCGGGAUCCAUAGAAUGUGGGACCCUGAUGGUCCCCGCUCCUCGGGCGGCAGUGGGGUGGGAAGUUCUGGGCAGACCCCAGGACCUCCACCUCCCGAGCUGCCCCCCAGCUCUGCCGGCACCGGGAUGUCCGUUGCCGCAGCCUGGCCGGCGCAGCGAUUCCAUCUGUGGUCUUCCUAUUUCAGGGGGAGCCUGGAACUUCCUCUGCUUCCAGACGGGUUCACCUCCUCCAGCCUCCCCUGGCACUGGACCACGGCCUGUGGCCUCCUCUGAGCCUGGGCACCCGACCUCCAGCAUGCUCUGCGGGGGACCCCACACCCUCCAGACCCCUCUGAGUCCAGAUCUCACGCCUUUGGCUCUUUCUCAUACUCCAGCUCGCAACUUCCUGAUUCUGCCUGGUUUUAAGCCUCCCAGUCUCCAAAGAUCCGUUCUGGGUCACAUGACCGCUGACUCCCCCGCUCCGGAGCCUAUGAGCACCUCUGGGACUCUGGUUCUGGAACUCGUUUUGUAACUUCCUCUGUUUUGGUUUUUUGGUGGUUUGGUUUUGGGUCCUGGGGAUUGAACCCAGGAGCGCUUAACCACUGAGCCACAUCCCCAGCCCUUUUAGUAUUUUAGUUAGAGACAGGACCUCGCUAAGUUGCUGAGGCUGGUUUUGAACUUGUGAUCCUCCUGUCUCAGCCUCCCGAGCUGCUGGGAGCCACCACACCUGGGCUUCCUCUGGUUGUGGACCCCAGGAUUUCCAGAUUCCUUGGUUCAUAUUUUUCUGACCUGAAAUACGUCUGUUUCCAAAUCUUGACCUCCCAAGUUCUAAGUCAUCUGAGCUGCAGAUAUCAUGGGGCCCAGCUCAUUUCUUCAACUCUACACUCAAGACUUACUCUCCCCUUUAAGAGGAGUGCAGUGAGUUUAUGUCUUGAUCUGGUACCAGCUGUCCCAGAGCCAGGUACCAGGUGCCAGCUUUCUCAGGUUCCAGACCUCAUGACCUCCACCACUCACUAGUUCUAGACUCUACAACCUCUUGACCUUGCAGCCUUCAGGGUUCUAAUGGUCGGUGACCUCUGGUUCUGCAAGUGUCUUCUGACUCUAGACGGCAGCCCCUACCUGCCCUUGGUUCUAGACUCCGUAUUUUCCAGCUCCCCCUCUAGAUCAGAUGACUCCACCUUGCCAUGUGGGUCUAGAACUCGCCUUCACACAUCUGGUUGGAGGCCUGUGCCUCACACAUUUCUCUGGUUCUGGCCCUUAUAAUCCCAAAUCCUCCUGAUUCUGGAUCUCAUGAUUCUAAAAUCCCUGUGGUUCUAGAACCAGGUCUUUGGCCAUUUUCUAGUUCUGUCAUUACUCUAUAAAUCCUUCUGGUUCUAGGCGUCACAGCUUCCAUCUGCCUUUGACUUCAGACCCAAAUUCCUCAGUUACUAGGACUCAGCCUCCCAGUGCUUCUGAUUCUAGAAUCUAGCCUCGCCCUGUAGAUUGCUCUGGUCUCAAAUCUUACAACCCCUGACUCCAACCUCCUAACUGCCCUGCCCCGCUCCCCCAACUUGCACCAGCUCCCACCCUUGGUCUCCAGGCUUCCCAGGCCAGCUCUCUGCCCUCCAGGCCCUCGGCUCGUGAACUUCACGCUCAGGCCUCUGACGUCUCACCUCCCUGAUCUCCCUGUCCUAGAAGCCCUUUCCCUCCCCACCCAACCCUCCGGAUACGCACUUACCUUGACUCUACCCCAGGCGCCUGGGGGCUCAUGUCCAGCCGCAUAGGCCCACGCACAGCAUUUCAGGGGAGAGGGGAGAGGGGCCAGCUCUCUGCCACCAGCUGGGUGUCCUCCUGCCCCUUCAGCUCCCUUCUCAGUGGUGCUACUCUUGAUCUCAAUGGUGCUACUUUUCAGUCAGGGGGUGGCCUGUCCAGACUGGUGCUAUGAGGGGAAAGGAUCGGACAGGUCUGACCCCUCCCCUCUCAGGGGGUGACAUGAGCCCUCGAGGAGGGAGCUGUGUCGGGCGAGGGAAGGAAGAGACUCUGGAACCCACUAAUGUCCCUGCCGUCACAUAAAGACCUCGCCUCGGUG